AGUUCCCGUUUGGAACUUGUUCCUAGUCGGACGUUAUUAUUAAACGCACCGCAAGAUGGCUACCCUUCAUAAGUGGCAAUGGGGACUUUUCUUAGUUACCUAAGAAAGAAAGUAUUAAAAGAGAGAAUUAUAGUUUGAAAACAUGGGUUUAAUUAGACACGUGGUGUGCGCCAUGUCCGGAGGUGUUGACAGCUCUGUGGCUGCGUUGUUACUGAAGAGAAGAGGCUACAGUGUGACAGGAGUGUUUAUGAAGAACUGGGACCCUCUGGAUGAGAGAGGAGUGUGCACUGCAGAGACAGACUGUGAGGACGCCUACAGAGUGUGUCAGACUCUGGACAUCCCCUUCCACCAGGUGUCUUAUGUCAAAGAGUACUGGCAUGAGGUCUUCAGUAAACUAUUGAAGGAUUAUGAGAAGGGGAGGACACCCAACCCAGAUAUACUAUGCAACAAGCACAUCAAAUUCAACCAUUUCCACAAGUACGCUAUCAACACUCUGGGUGCUGAUGCCAUGGCAACGGGCCACUACGCCAGGACGUCGCAGGAAGACGAAGAGGUGUUCCAACAGACGCACGUGGCGCCGUCGUCCUCUCUCUUCAGAGAUCGAUUUGAGAUUAGAAAUCCGGUGAGGUUGUACCAAGGAGCAGAUCUCUUCAAAGACCAAACCUUCUUCCUCAGUCAGAUCUCCCAGGAUGCCUUGAGACAAACCAUGUUCCCACUGGCGGGACUCACCAAAGACUUUGUGAAAAAGAUUGCUGCUGAGGCCGGGUUUCACCAUGUGUUGAAGAAGAAAGAGAGUAUGGGCAUCUGCUUCAUUGGAGAGAGAAACUUUGAAAACUUUAUUUUGGAGUAUCUGGAGCCUAAACCAGGGAACCUUGUCUCCAUUGAGGACGGGGCUGUCAAGGGAACACACAAAGGCUGGUUCACCUUGACUCUGGGUCAGAGGGCGAGAAUUGGAGGACAGAAACACCCCUGGUUUGUGGUGGAUAAAGACAUCGCUACUGGAGAUGUGUUUGUGGCUCCGACUACCAAUCACUCGGCUCUUUUCCGGGACACAAUGCGGACGGACCGCUUCCACUGGUUAACAGUCGACCCGCCUCCUGAACUAGUCAAGAUCCAGAUGAUGGAGUGUCAUUUCCGCUUCAACCACCAGAUGCCGCUCAUUCCCUGUACGGUGACACUGAACAUGAACGGCUCUGUGUGGAUCUCACUCUCCCAGCCAGUCAGAGCUCUGACGCCUGGACAGUUUGCUGUGCUGUACAAAGGAGAUGAGUGUCUGGGCAGUGGGAAGAUCAUGCAACUGGGGCCCAGCGAAUACACACUCCAGCAGGGCAGAGAACGGUGGGAAGCAGCCACGCAGCAGAAGGAGGACCAGAAGAGCCCUGAACCAGCCAGCUGAGAUGAGCUCGCAGCCCAGAUACGGUGGAAAUGAGCUCUGUCCGGUACAUUAGGUAGAGCACACUGUUCAUGAAGAUAAGCUGUCUCACAGGUGAUUGUUGUUAAAUGCCCAGCUUCGACACAUCAACAGUAAUAUUGAUAAAACAAGGAUAAAAGGGUUGAUUUCAGUACUGUUUUUUGACACUAAGAGGUUACCUGCUUGCUGCUCAGAUUAACCAUCUGCAUCCAAGCCAAAGGGUGUUUUGGAGACUAGAUGUAAUAUAUAUAUAUAUACAUAUAUAUAUAUAUAUUUUUAAUGAGGACCUAUUAUGGUUUUGGGCCUUUUCCCUUUCCUUCAGUGUGUUAUAUAGUUUUUUGUGCAUGUAAAAGGUCUGCAAAGCCCAAUGUCAAGAAGGUACUCUGCUCCUGAACUGCCUGAAACGCCUCGCUUGAAGUCCCGCCUUUUCUUCCAUAACGUGGUGAUGUCACCAUGUAACACAUUUGCAUAAUACCUGGCACACGGCGGAAGUUUCAGUUGGUCGCAAUCUGCAACCUCGCCGCUACAUGCCGCCAAUACUUGACCUGGUAUUGAAGAAGUGUUGGGUGUAUUUUCAUUUGCCGGUA